AUGAUACCUCAGGAAUUUGAUUAUAACUCAACAAAUUUUUCAUUCAAUCAUUUAUCAACCGAUUCCACUGGUGUGAAUUUUCUCAUAAAUGAGAACCCUAGUGUUAAUAGCAAAAAUAACAGUAACAACGAUCAAAUAAAUAUUGCCAAUCCACAACAUAGCUUUAAUGAUUUUUUAAGUAACACAGGUAAUUCAAGUGAUGGUUCCAAUUCUUUAACCAAUACUCCAUUUUUACAAGAUCAUUUAACUCACACACUAAGCAACACUAUUCAUACCACCAAUAUUAUGCAUAGCGGUAUUAAAGAAGAUAUGGAUGAACAACGUACCAAGUCAAAAAUAAAUGGAUCCGCAUCAUCUGGCUUAUAUGUUAUACCUAAUCAUCAAUCUAUCAUCAAUAUCAACGAUAAUGUUGAUUUCACUACUGAUAACGACAACAAUAAAACUAAAAACUUUUCCGCUACUGCUGAUAUAGUACAUGAUUUUCAAUUAGAUAAUAAAGAUGCAAAUUAUGCUAAUUUUCAUGGAUUUCAAAAGGAGACUUAUAUAGAUAAUACAGCUGUCAACAAUGCUAAUUACGAUACUAGUACCUAUAUUACUAAUGUUAAGAAUGAUUAUAACACUGUGCCUAGUACUCAUAGCAACAACAACAACAACAACAAUAAUAAUAAUAAUAAUAAUAAUAUUGAUAAUAAUAGUAGCAGUAGUAGUAGUAGUAAUAAUAACAAUAAUAAUAGUGAAUCGAAGGAAAACGGUAAUCGAGUUAAAAGAAAAAGAGCCACUGGACAAGCAUUGGCUAUCCUAAUGAAUGAAUUUGAAAAAAAUCCAAGCCCAAAUAGCCAAAUGCGUAAAAGAAUAGCAGAAAUGGCCUGUUUAGAUGAAAAAAAAGUAAGAAUUUGGUUCCAAAAUAGAAGAGCUAAAUACAGGAAAUCUAGCUCCAAAUAUACACUUACUAAUGUUCGCAACAGUGGUUCUAAUUUAUCACCUACAGGGCCAGAAUCAGUUUCCUCCUAUAAUAACGAUUACGAUUACGAGAAUGCAUCACAACCGCCGCGUUCCUCUGCCGUGGAUAUGAACUUUUCCAACCCAUAUGACGAUAGGUUUGAAUUUGACCGUAUUGCUCUAAAUAUUAAUAACAACUAUUAUUUUAUCGAUGCAAUCUCCUUAACUAUUGGCAGUUGGAAACGUGUCAAAAGUGGUAAACUAAGGGCGGAUGAAAGUUUAGAAUGCGUAAAAAACUUGUUUAAUUUAUCACCAAUCACUAUAAAUGAGAUUAUGGCUAAUGCCACGGAUUUAAUGGUUUUGAUCUCCAAGAAAAAUUUUGAAAUCAAUUAUUUUUUCAGUGCUAUUGCAAAUAAUUCCAAAAUUUUAUUUAGAGUCUUUUUCCCCAUAAGUUCUAUAGUUAAUUGUUCUUUAUCUUUACAAAAAAAAGAUAUUGCAACAACAACAACUGCUAGUAAGGAUCUGCCCAUUUUAAGCGAAGACGAUCUUUCCGAGCUAAGAUUAAUGCUAAACAAAUCACCCAAAUUUGCUGUUUAUUUUUCUGAUGCUAUGGAUGAUCUGGCUUCUAAUAAGUGGAAUAUAUGCGAGGAUUUUUCGGAGGGUAAACAAGUAAGUGAAGCCUAUGUUGGUUCAAACGAAAUACCCCAUAUUUUAAAGGGUUUGGAGGAUUCUUUAAAAUUUAUGCAUUCUCUGAUUUUAGAUUAUAAUAGUACACAUAUUAUUUCAACUAAUUUGCAGCCACAUCAAUCAAUACUGGCAAAUAGUAGCAGUAAUAGCAAUGAAGUUUUGUAUCCAUCUACAGCUAAAAAUAAUUUACAAGACAUUGCAUCUUAUGGUCACCAGAAUAAUGAUGUAACUAAUUCAGCCAAUGAUAACAAACUUAUAGAUAUUAGUGGGAAUCCCUUGCAGCUAUCAAAUCCAGAUGACGCAUUUAUAUCAGCAUAUGUCCAUAACAUACUGGAACAACCUACAACAACAAAAAUAACAACAACGGAGGACGCUGAUAAUAUUAAAGUUAAAAAUCAUAAUACCAUGAUGAACACACCUGACUUUUUCAAGGGAGAUGAGGAUCAGAAUGGGUUUCAGAAUUUGAAUCUAUUAAAUUUUACAAAUAAUGACCUAGAUCGAUAA